ACAAGUUUCCCAAUCUGUUGGUCUUGAAUCUGUUGGUCUUGAAUCUGUUGGUCCUGAAUCUGUUGGUCUUCAUUUCCCCAACGUGUGUGUGACCUUUUUUGGAUCCCUUUGCGGACUUUGGUCAACGUAGCCUCUCUCGGCUUUCUCUCGGGCUCUCGGUCUUCGUCUCUCGGCCAACGUGACUAUCCUCUUGGUUCCGCCUAGAUCCUGCUGUCUCGGUAGCCUCUAACUUUGCUCGCCAGCACCCUCCGUACCGCAAACUGCCGGCUCUCGGUCUUCGUCUCUCGGACAACGUGACUAUCCUCUUGGUUCCGCCAAGAUCCUCCUCUCCGUAGCCUCUCACUUUGCUCGCCAGCACCCUCCGGACCGCAAACUGCCGGCUCUCGGUCUUCGUCUCUCGGACAACGUGACUAUCAUCUUGGCUCUCACUUUGCUUGCCAGCACCCUCCGUACCGCAAACUGCCCCAGAGUAUAUUGAACUCCGACAACAAACAAAAUGGCGUCUCUAGGCAACUUGUUCAUCGCCUUGGUGGUUGGCUUCGCGGCAAUUUCAUCUGUGAAUGGUCAGUAUUUUGACUUGCAGGCGCCAGGUGACAGUACUGUGUACACAGCUUACUACCUGACUGGACAAAGUACAUCACAGUUUGGACAACGGUAUUUACCAGCAUGCCUGGCUCUUGGUGCUACUGGUUCACUUAUUCAACUGACUAACACUAACACUGGUGUGGUUGUUGGUGAACAUAAAUAUCAUUUUGAUCAUAGUGGCUCUAAGGACGGUGCUGGUGAUUUAUGGGACAUUGUCCAACACCCCACUCUCAACUCAAGCUACACUGGACUGUACGAAUGUACAUCAGAUAUAGCGGGUCAUAUGAGAGCAGAACGGACCUAUCAUCUGCAUGUCGUGGUUCCACCCACAACGCCGGUACUUCAAACUCCAGUGUCAGUGUAUAACGACACUCUAUACAACAUCAACUGUACCGGUCGAGGAUACCCAGCACCUGCAGUAACAUUGAUGGUCAACAAUGCUGUAAUGACAGGCACUGCUACCAGCAAUUGUACUGCUGGUGUUUGUACAAAGACACGAACAGCAUCUCUAGAUGGUAGUACCUACACACCUGGCCAGUCCAUCAAUAUCACCUGUAUUGUGGAUAUCAACCAACCACCAUUCAACUGUACUGCUGCUUAUAAUUCAACUAUAAAGACCCAGUGUGAUAAUGCUGCCAAGACCAUAUCGAAAACAAGAAGUGUUCCUGUAGUUGGUAAGCACCAAGUUGUGUCUGCCGUUAUUUUAACACAGAGUCCAUAA